CUCUUGCUGUGAGGCAACAACGCUACCACUGCACCACCGUGGAAGAGUCUUGGAGGUGCGUGGCUAUUUGGGAUAUUCAGGAAAAUUGUACUGAAUUCAUUUAUAGCACCAUCUCAGAGGGAGAAGCCUUGCAACGUUCUGAACGGAAAGAAUUUUCUCAGUCUGGCUGAUUUUCAGAUGAUCCUAACAUGUCACUCUAAGACAGAAAAGAAAGAUGUUCUACAAGAUAUUGAUACUGCUGUGGUUUCAUCCUACUACCUUGGCUAUUAAAGAGAACACCCUUUUGGAAAGUCUGCAGUGCUGCAAUGAUUACCAAACAGACCUCGAGUGCACAUGGAAUGAAAGCAGAAAAGCAUUCUCCAUUAUACCAAUGAAGCUGCAACACAUUAGAGAAGAUGACCCAGAAGCAACAGAUAGUCCACUAGAAUGUAAAGCAGCAGAGAACAACACUUCCUUCAUUACGUGGAAAUGCCACAAAAAAGUUAAAUUUUUUGUUGGAGGAACUGAAGACUUUUAUUUUUUCAAACCAACUCGUGAGCUGAAAUUGAAGGCCAAUGUCACCCUUCACACAAGCAUCAAGCCUCGCAUCCCUCAGAACUUAAAGGUGACAACAGAGAAGAAUGGAGAUUUCACGUUGACAUGGGAGACUGCCUAUGGAAAUCAGACCAUUCUGCAUGGGCAACUACAAGCAGAGGUUUCCUAUAAAAGGGAUUGGGAACCAUGGGAGGAUGCACAAUCAAUCUUAGUGGCUGAUGGUAUCAACUACUUACAAAUUCAGAAAGCCUCUGUUGUACCAGGAAAUGGAUAUGCUGCCCGAAUUCGUCUGAAACCUCAUGACAAAAGCAACUACAAGGGCAGGUGGAGCUCCUGGAGCUCAGAAGUGAAAUGGCAAACCGCAAAAGGGGAUGAGGCUGAACCGAAGAAUCUGAGGUGUACAUUUGAUGGUAUUGAGAAACUUAUGUGCACCUGGGAAGUGAGAAAGGAUGUUUCUAAGUCCAUUCUCUACAAUCUCAACUACACAGAUGAUGCAAAAUCUGGCGAAAGUGAGGAGAGCUGCCAGCCUGUCACCAUCAUCACUGAAAAUAAUGAAACCAUCACGUAUGGUUGCACUAUACGAAUAACAAAUCACAGUACUUUUAGCAUGUAUCAAAUUGCCAUAAGACCAAAAGAGACUGCAAAACAAAUCAACCCCACUUCAAACAUAAAAAUUAAUCCACCAGAAAAUGUAACAGCAGAGGUACUUCCUAAAGAUAGCAUUUGCAAGAUAUCCUGGAAACUUCCAUUCUUUCCCUACAACAUUGAACGUCAAUACGAACUGUUAUACAAGAAACUUGAUGAGUCCUGGGAGACAGCACAGGUAAAAAAACUUGACUACAAUACUCUGGACUACAUAUUUGGUGAAAAGGUAUUGGAACCUGCAACAAAAUAUGCGGCCAAAAUAAGAAAUAUGAUAAAACCACAAAAAACACCAAAUGGUUAUGGUGGAACAUGGAGUGAGUGGAGCUCAGAAGUCCAAUGGACGAUGCCAGAAGAAUUUGAACUUUCAUUGCUGGCAUGGAUUUUUGUGCCUACUGCUGCCAUAAUAAUAUCGCUUAUUUAUUUCUAUGGGUACAAACAGCUAAAAAGUGCAAAAUCCAGAUGGGAGGAUAAGAUUCCUAACCCAAAGAAAAGCAGUCUCUGGAACAGUGUACAGAAUACCCCUCUAAUGGCACUAUCCAGCAGCAGCUUGGAUUUAUCCCCUGUCAGCCAACUCCAAAUGGAGCAGAGAUUAAUGAAACCUGUACUCAUUAAAGCAGGGAGCUCUACCAUUAUUGGUGUAGAAGAACCACAUCGGCAGUUUAUUCUAGGAAAGACAAUGGAUGUAAAGCACUCUGGCUCUGUGUUAGCCCUGGCGGUCAGACAAGUUCAGGACUUUAUGCAUUCAUCACCCAGUAAGAUCUACAUAGGUAAAUCAUUGCCAAAAAGCUCUCUUGACUAUGACCUUAAUGGACCAUACUUGACAUGUCCUCGUGCAUGUUCACUGCCUGACUUCAUUUCAGAUAUUCAUGAAGCAGUGGAAUCUGAUGACUUUAAGCACAAUAUCAAAGGAUAUGCUACCCUUCCUCAGUACUGCACAGAAAGCAUGCCACUGUUAGAAAACCAAAGCCCAGGUAUUUAUCUACCGGCUUUUGAUGCAUAUUGUUCACACCCUUCCCACGUUAACAUGUCCUACUCUGUGAGCUUGUUCCCUAAUGACUAUGUCAGAAGUUGCCCUCCUGAAAGUACUGCAGUUCAAAGCCAGUCAUUAACAGGUGGAGUGGACGGCAAGGAUAAGGACUAUACCUCAGUGGGUGGAGAGUUCACAUAUGGAUUAAGCAAUACAUUGUCCACUCAGGAUGAAAGCAGUGGGUAUGCCGGAUAUGCUGACUGGAAGAACAAAUCAAGAUCUACACCUGCAGUCUUACAGUCAAGUGAAAGUGAUUAUGUCAUAACUCCAUCUGGAAAAUCCACCCAGUCCUUGUCACCUUACACAGUAGAAGAUCAGGACAAAAAGGAAAAUCAGAUACGUUCCCUGAGAGUCAUGGAAAAAGAACUUUCUUGUCCUGCUGCUCCUGAUGACUUGCCACCUGAUAGCAACACGAAAAAUGUCAUUGCUCCUGGGAAAACUGGAGAAUUAUCUUUUGCUGCUCUUGAGGAGACAACAAACAGCACAGAAGCUCAAGACCUUCUAGCAAAUGGACAAGAAAGCUGGGCUAAUGUUUGGCUAAGUGAGUCAAGGUCUCCUGAUUUUAGCAUGACUCCAAAUACAGAUGAAAUUCAAAGAGAUAAGCUGUCAAAUAAUUCAGUUCCAUUUCAGCUUCCCAGCAAAGAAGACUCAAGCGAUGAAGCAGUUGUAAUGCUGAACCCCGAGCAGGCCAGUCCAGUUUUCAUUCACCAGAUUGGGGACUACUGCUGCAUCUGCGAUGCUACUACUCUUCAUCAGACCUCUGUAAUCCCACUGAAGGAGUACUUCAAGGAAGCAGGAGAUAUCCCCACAUUGCAUCCAAACCCACCAUUUAAACAGAAGGCAGAAGAUACAAACCUGCAAGAACUAGGCCAUGGAGAUUCACUGAAACCAGAUGCCCCUGAAGGUCCAUGGAAGUGUAAGGCUAUUAAUAAUCAUGUGUGCCUGCCUUACAGCCAUAACCAGGAGCCACGUACAGUGUAAUGCAAGCACCACAAGACAUAACUGUACCCGGUGUAGCAUACAGUAUCUUUGUGCAUACUGUUCCAGGUUCUUACAGACUGUGUUUAUGAAUGCAUUGCACAGUUAUCAGCCCUUGCUUAUCUGCACUGUAAACUGAUAUCAUAUUACUUAUGUUGUAGUUUGUGCAAGUUAUGUUAGGAAAGUUAAUGGGUGGAUUGCACUCCCUCUUAUGACUUUAUUGCUUAUUGUAUAUCUGUGUCAUGAGUCACAAUAAAGGAGACUAUUGUCUCCUUCUUGUUAUCUACAAAGAUUUUGAAUACAUUUCACUCAUCUGAAAAGCUAGAAUAAAGAAAAUACAGAAUGGUGAGACCUAUAAUGAAGUACUCUUCAACUUAUGAACUGAAAAAUAUGCAAGCAUCAUGCUAGAAAAGUAAACUAAAUAUUUCCAUUCCUGGAAAAUCAUUGUGAUAUGUUUUGUUACUUUGUGAUAUUACAUUAUUGUUUAUUACCUUUCUUGGGGAAGGGGAUUAAAAUUUAGCAUUUUCUUCAUUACUGGUUAUAUUUUAUUUCCAAAUAGCCUGUAUAAUAAAACUGAUUUCCUAAUACCGAGUCACCUUUUUUGGACUGAAUGUUUUUGACCGGCACUUUGAUAUGGGCAGUGUCCUUUCAUAUACUUCUGGACUGUACAGAUAACAAAGGUGUCAUUAUUAGAAAGCCAGAGCAAGUCUUUUAUUUCUGUUGUAAUACCAUUUUCCAUUUUUAUACUGUUCUAUAUCUUUCUGUGGUGGGUGGUUUAAAUGCUUUUUCAGGCAGUAAACGUUAUGCACUGUUCCAGGCAUAAUAUGGAAUAAUAAAAAUUCAGAAAUGUCAAUGACCAAA